GUCAGUGGGCAACAUGGCGCUGGGGAGACUGGGUAAAUGUUGUCGGUCGUUACUGUAUGAAUCACAUAAAGUAGUGUUUUGUGGUGUUUUACGGCCAGGCUGGAUUGAGAGCUGUGUAGGAGCUAAAAGGCAUCUGUUGUCAGAAGAUGUCAUCAAACUGCAAGAUUUCCAGCAGAAGAAGCUGGCUGUGGCUCACCUUGUCACUGGAUCACAAGGGAAUUAUAUUGAAUUAUUCAACCAGAAACUACAAAGGAAUGAGCUGAUUCUACGAGAUGAGCUGAAGCUUCUCCUUCAUCUUUGCCAGUCUGCAGAAGACAUGCAGAUAGCCAGAGAUGCCAUCUACAGGUAUCAUGCAGAGAACCGUAACAUAAUGCCUGGAGACUUCAAGUUUGGCCCUCUCUUCAUGAGACUGUGCUAUGAAUUGGAUCUGGAGGGCUUAGCUGCUGAAACACUUACAGAUAAGAGUAUGCAAGGAUUUUUCAGGGACACAACCUCCUUUAACAUUGCCCUAGAUAUGCUAUUCAUGAAAGGCUCAUAUAAAAGUGCUCUGGAGGUACUAAGAACCAUGAAGAACCAAGGUAUAUCAUUCAACAAAGACACAUUGACUCUGGCGACUGGCACCUGCUACAAGCUGAACACAGCAGAGGACUAUGGGAGCUGCAAUGCUUUGCUAGAAGAGGAAAAGGCCAGAGGGAACUUCAUCCCCAGGCAUGCUUACUGCUUUGCUGUGGCAUUAGCACUUCGACAGAAUGAUCUGGAAACAGCACAGUCGUUGUAUUCGCAAAUUAUGAACACUGACGGCAAAUUGUGCCAAAAUUUUAAGGUUGUAAUGUUAGCGAUGUCAGGAGCAGUGACAGAAGCCAUUUCUGUCCUAUCAGCGGCUUUGUUGCCUAAAAGCCCUUAUUUUGUGAAAAAGCUUGAAUUUUCACAGGAAGUGGUGGAUUUGCUCCGUUUACGGAGUGAGGACAGACCACACAUGAUGAAAGUGGAGCAGACGGUGACUCAGCUUGAACAAGCCGGCCAAGUGACUCAGCAGACCCUUGAUGACAUGCUGUGCCGAACGCCCACAGGCAAGAAGAAACGAAUGAUGAUAAUGGAGGAGAGGAAGACCAGUCGAAGGACUCUAAAGCCUCUACAGUCCAGUCUGCUGUCAGAGUGAAGCCAGUUGAUCAUUUAAACACUGUGUCUUCGGCGACAGAUGAUUUUGUCAGUAACGAUGCACCAGUAUGGAAUUUCAGGGCUGUUACCAAUAACCUGUAACUACCUGCUCAUUUUUGCUAAAACAGAUAGGAGAAUGUUGAUCUUAGGAAUGCAAAAUGUCAUGGGAAAAGUGCUUUUAAAAGGAUAAAUGUCGGAUGUAGGGACAUCUAGUGGUGAUGUUGCAGAUUGCAACCAACUGAAUCCUCCUGCCUCAGGAUUCUACCUCACCUUUAACACUAUGUCCUUCCUAUCCUUCAACAGAAAGCUGCUGAACUUUACAGAGGUGAUCUCAUCUAAAUGGGUCUAGAUUUUUUUGCACGAGUCUCAAAAAGAGGUCUCGAGUGGUUUGGGAGGAAAGUGUUGUGUAUAUAAAAGUGUUGGAAUGAGUGAUUUUAAACUUUAUCACAUAUUUAAAAAUAAAAUCUUUGAUUUUC